AUGCUCGGCAUCGAGGACUAUGGCAGCGACAACGAUAGCGAGUCUGAGAUCCAGCUCAGGCAACCCGUGUCAAUUCAGAGCACAUCUGGUGCUGCUGAACUUCCUCCGCCAGCCAGAAAGUCAACGUUCUCUCUCCCAUCACCAAUCAAUGCGUCAUCUGGUGCUUCAUCUAAAUCUCCGAAUGAGCUCUCCCUGCGAGUCCCCAAGGUCAAGAAGUCAAAGAAGAUCAUUACCAUAGGCCUACCUGAGCUUCCGCCUGAGGAGGAUACCGAUCGCGCAGAUGGACCUCCUGUGGCGAAGAAGCCUCGCAUAACGCCCGGCGCACGCUCAUCUGCGCUUCUAUCUAUGUUGCCCGCGCCAAAGAAUAAAUCACCUAUUAAUUCUGCUCCGGAGAGAGUACUUGGUGCUGGUCGUGGACCUGGACUCGUAUUCAACACUGGUUCACGCCGCUCCGUACGAACUGUAAGUAUACAGGAUGUCCCGGACAAGGAUAACGACGAGGGAGCUAGUGGCUCUGUCGAAGUCGCCAGCAGUGAUAAGGCGAACAAAAACAUGGUCAUUCAUUUCCUUCCUCCUUCUUUGGUGAAAGGAAAGGCGAAUAUUUCGGUGGAGGAGAAAGACGACCGACCAAGAGCUUCUCCUACUGCCUCGUCUUCAUCUUCAAUUGGCUUUUUCUCGAUAGCUUCGACAACUGAAUCAACGGUAUCGGAUACACGGACGUCAGCCAAGACCAACAUUCGCGCAUCAACGUCGGCUCCUUCUGUGCCAAACACGUCGCCUGCGCUUGCCCUUCCUUUGCUUCCUGGCGUCUCAUCUGCUCCCAAGGUCGACGACUUCGCGCCACCCGAACCUUCUCCUCAAGAUCCGUACCCAGGCUAUUACAUGCUGCCAUCUGGGGUAUGGGCGGCAUACGACCCAGAGUAUUAUCGUACCUACUACGAUAGGUGGAAACGAGAGUACGACGAACACGUCCGUGCGCUUGAGAAAGGAGUGGUAAAAGGCUUUGAAGCCAUCGAGACGGAGGGCGCUGAGGAGAUCAACGCAUCGCGUGUAAUGGAGAAGGCAAAGAAGGAGAUUCAGGAGAGAGAGGAGAGGAAAGCGUUGACGACCGGUGACGCGGAAGUACCUGCGGCACCGAAGAUGAAUAUUAAGGGUGCCGCCCUCGGUGGAAGAGCCCGAACACGCCACCAACUAUCCACUCUGCUCACGGAGGCAUACCAAAACAGAGAAACACUGGAGGAGAAGAUCGCACAAGGCCGAAGGAACAGAAAGGAAGCAGGUAAUAAGUAUGGAUUCUAAGUUAUCGCUGGCCUUCCCUUCAAUACUUGCGAUUUUGUUGUAUGCCACACGUCAUCGUGAAUCAUCUAUAUUCGCAGAUAAUGUGAACAUUAGAAGGCAAUGUAGUAGUUAUACAAGGACAAGGUAUAGAUAUAUGUACAUGUUGCAGUCUACUUCUGAGAUGACGAGAAUUCUGCAGCCAAAGUGUUACCUCGGAGCAAUACUUUU